UACACGUUAUUUGUGUUAUUUCGUAUUUAAUAAUAAAUUGAAAAAUGGCUGCUGCUUACAAAUUGACUUAUUUUCAACAUUACUGCCCUCGGCGAGCCCAUAAGAUUUAUCCUGAGUUAUGGAAACAUCGACUUUGAGGACAAUCGCAUAAUCUUUGAGAAUUGGUCUUCUAUUAAACCUACAUUACCAAUGCCUUAUGGUCAGUUGCCAACUUUCGAACACGACGGCAAGAUAACACAUCAAUCACUUGCAAUUUGUAGAUACGCAGCUAAACAAGCUAAACUGGUUGGCAGCAAUGAUUGGGAAGAUUUGGAAAUUGAUGCUGCCGCAGAUACAAUUAAUGAUUUACGUUUAAAGAUCGUCGAAUAUAGUUACGAAAAAGAUCCGAAAGUGAAAGAACAGAGGAAAGGUCCUCUUUUCAAAGAAAUCCUUCCGUUUUACGUUGAAAAAUUCGAAAAACAACUCAAAAAAAACAACGGAUAUUUUGCUAUUGGUAAAUUAACUUGGGCUGAUGUUUACUUUGUUGGCCUCCUUGAAUUCUUAAACUAUAUGCUGGGUAAGGAUUUAUCUGAUGGAGCACCAGGAUUGAAAGGAUUAAACGAAAAAGUCCGUGCCAUUCCUCAAAUUAAGACCUAUCUUAACAAACGUCCAAAAACUGCCGGAAUAAAGCUUAAUUUUAAAAUUUUGUGUUUUUUUUUAUUAUCUGUUCAUGAGUUAUCGUGGAUACACACACAAACAAACACCACACACAAACACGACAUCAUCGCGAAAAUAGUUAAAACGGAUUCAGGAGACCCCAAAACGUAA